UAUGAAAUAUUAUGCCUGCCUUGAAAGAAAAUUGCAGAGGAAUAUGAAAACAAAACCUAACCACUACAAAUUUGUUUAACAAUGGCAAAGAUUUGUAGGCAUUUAGAAUAUCAAACCUCCACCCACUGUAAUGCCUUCAACAAACGCUUUGUAGGCGGUCAAACAAGACUUAACUGAAAACUUGCAAAUGAUCCAUAAGCGAAGGUAACUGAAAACUUGCAGCGAUAAGAAUCCAAGCACACCAAAACCGUCUGCUUGGCGACCGUCGCACACAACCACCCAACGAAACCCUAAUGAACAGAAAACUCAAACAAUAAAAACAAUGCAGACGGAAAUCACAAACAGAAACCAAAACAGAAGGCCUCGCAUUAGGUUUGGGCGGUUUGCUCGAGAUACGUGCAGGCAAGGACACAUGUCACAAUCGACGGCAGCAAGCAAGAAAUAGCUUUGAAAGCUCGAUCGCUUGAAAAACUUAGUGGUCGUCGGAAGACUGACAGAAACAGCCCUCCACCGUCGUCAACACCAGAAGACUCCCCCGCUCACGGAAAUAGCCCUCCACCGUCGACGAUGCCAGAAGAAUGACGAAAACAGCCCUCCACCGUCAUCAGCGCCAGAAGGCUGACACUUUCCGAGUCAAAAGCCCGCACUAAAGCCUCACACAAAAAAAACUACAUAUACCCGACCUUACAAAGAAUUGCCUUGCCUAUCGACUUAUCAUUGCAUGCAAGCAUGCAACUGCUACCCCAAAUCUUUUGCAGAGCUCUUGCAAUGGCUUUAAUGGCAAAGGAUAUUGACAGAUUGAGUGCAUUGUCAGAUGAAAUUCUGUGCCAUCACAUUCUCACUAAACUUCCUCUGAAAGAAGCAAUUGCCUCCUCUCUGCUUUCUUCCAGAUGGAGGUGGCUCUGGACUCGUCUGCCCCGCCUAAACUUUUCUAGCGAAUUUUGCGUAUCCCUCCGAAAUAAAGCCAAGAUAAGUUCCAUUAUGAAAAAACUCAUCCUCAUCAAUCCCGGAGAACUGGAAAGCUUUGAGCUUCACAUUAAUGAACAUUACACCCAGUCUGACACAAAGACUCUUGUAUCCUUUCGUAAAAUGUCUGCAUGCAUUAGCUAUGCAGCUCUGAGAAAUGUUAAACAACUUACUCUUAUCACCUUAAACCGGAGAAUUCGUUCCAUGCCAAGUUCUGUUUUUAGCUGCCACCGUCUCACGUCCCUAAUUCUCAACAAUCUCCAUGCAAAAUGCAAUCCAACCCAUUUUGGUGGGUUUCCAUGUCUGAAAAUCUGCUCCUUUAGAAGUGUUGACCUGUGUGAUGCCAUUGUUGAACACCUGGUAGUCGGAAGUCCGCUUCUUGAGAAUUUGACGGUAUCUGGUUGUGUUGGGAUUAUUAAUUUUAUAGUUUGCUGCCCCUUUCUCAAUGAUCUCAGCAUUGAGAUAGGAAGGAAAGAGAACGACUUGUUCCAUUCAACUAAUCUUGAUUAUGUACCAAACAUUGUGAAACUGAGUUGCCCACAAUUGCUCAACCUCAAAGUGGAAAGAAUUUCCUCCUGGGAAGACAAGUCGAUGUUGAUAAAGAAGAUGGUCGUGGAGAUUAAUUUGCCUGCUUGUAGGGGCUUGUCUACAAACCUAGUUUGUGUAAAAGACGCUCUCGACAGCUUCCCCAGUUUGGAAGACCUCUCCAUGGAUGCCCACUGAUUUCUGGAAUAUCAGAGAUAUUUUCUUGAACGGGAGAUUUGUGAGAGGAGACAAGGUUCGGCACUUCUAGAAGGAAAACUGAGGAGAGUGCAGGUGAUCACAUCAGAAUUUGGUGCAAUGGAAUUGAAUUUGCUGAGCCACAUUUUGCAGAAUUGUCCCUUGUUAGAAACAGUGACUUUUUCUCCACCAUCCCAUCAAACAGAAAGUAGCCUUGAUCUCAUCUUUGUGCAUAAACUGUUGGGUUUACAAAGAUCUUAUGCAAAAGCAAGAAUAUUCAUUACACAAGUGAAGUGAAGAAAGAUACAGAAGGCGAUUACUGGAUACUCCUACAUACAUUGAAAGAUUUGUGGCAUUUUUGUAGUUAUAAUUUAAUGAUCUUUAUUUUUUAACAUGUUUAUAUAAGUUCCUCAAAAACCUUUGCAAAACAAAAAUGCAAAAUUCCUUUUUCUUCCAGGCA